AGUACAUAGCAUGACAGAAGAGUUAGGAAAAGAACAACCGUCUUUUAACGGAUUAAUCAUCUUGUUCAAGUACGCAUUGACAGUUGCGGUAUUGUACCUACUAUUACUAAUACUUAGACGAACUACUACUAGUAGUACCUCUACCUAUCAACAUCUAUCAUACUACCUACGCCUAAUCAGAGUGACUAUUGUCGCCACCAAAAACAACAUCACGCCGCGUGACUAAUUUUCAGUCAUUUUUGACAAACCUAAGGGGUUUAUCCGUGAGCUUCCAAGUUGCUUCAAUCAUUCGCAAUUUUACGGACACCAUUUUCCUUCAUUUACCUAUCUCCAAUUUUGCCACUCAAGGGGUGUGUGGCUCGCCAAUAUUUGUGGACUAUCGUGGCUUCAUUCGGUCUGCGAUCUUGGAUUUAUUUUGGUCAUCCCCCCUUCGCCACAAUCUCUAGAUUAGAGUAGCUAUGGGGGACUCCCAGGCGUCUGGAACGCCUUCGGGAUCGGCAACAAGAGCUCGUGGCCGUCAGCCCCGCGGAGGAAGGUCUUACAGAGGCCGCGGAAGUCGUGGAAACCAGCCCCCACGUGACCAUCAAGUUGCUGAGGGAAGCCAAGUGCCAGGCGGAAAUGCGUCAAAUUCCACCCCCCCCUCUCCGGCAGGGCCAGCCCCCAAUGCCAAUAGAGGUGGCAGAGGGCGAAGAGGUGCUAGAGGUUCAAGACGUGGAGGCAAUGAAAAUAGUCAGAGAACAACAGGUGGGCUACGAGCCUUUGGAGGUCAUCUUACAACGAACGGCGAGACUGAAGAACCCGUCCCGGUUCCUACGAACUCAACAGGUCUAAAUGUCACAGCACCGAAUUUUACGCCUGGUCAGCCAAUAGUCGUAUCCAAUAGCAACCCUCCCACAAAACAGCAAGCCAAAAGCAAUGCCCGUCGGAAACCCUCCAAGUCUACUGCCGAGGACAUCUCAACCAGAAUUCAUGAAGACAUCAACAAUGCACAGUACGAAUGUGUGAUUUGCACAAACGAAGUGCUACGAAAUUCAAAAAUCUGGUCUUGUUCUAUUUGCUGGACCGUAACUCACACCACCUGUGUUAAGAAGUGGUACUCUACCCGGAUAGAUAAUGCAGAGCAGCUGCCAACUAACUGGCGAUGCCCAGGAUGUAACUCUCCGCUGACGGACGAGCCUACUACCUAUCAUUGCUGGUGUGGGAAGGAAAUCAAUCCCAGGUCAAUACCUGGGCUUGACCCUCAUAGUUGCGGCCAAACGUGUUCAAAACCAAGAGGAACAUGUCCGCAUCCUUGUCCUCUCCAAUGCCAUGCUGGACCCUGCCCACCAUGCCUGCAGAUGGGACCAACCCAGCACUGCUUCUGCGGUAAACACACAUCUACUAAGCGAUGCGGCGAGACUGAUUAUACCCACGGAUGGAGCUGCCAUGACCCGUGUGGAGAUAUCUUACCAUGCGGAGAACAUGAAUGCCAGAAGGAAUGUCACUCGGGCCUCUGUGGGAGCUGUGAGAUUCCGGUUCUUUCUAUUUGCUACUGCGGUCGACAAUUCAAAGAAAUUCCUUGCGAGCAACGUGGUGAUAAGUUUAUAUCUCAUAACUACGGCCAAGUCAAGGUGGAAGGUGAUAUUCUCCAGAGCGAUGACUUAUCAGAGCGCGAAUACUGGGGCUCUUUUGAGUGUAACUCUAUCUGCGGUAGACUAUUUGAUUGUGGGAAGCACCGUUGUGAAAAGAGCUGUCACCCUCAAGAUGAAAAUGAGGCCCAUUGCCCAUUCUCUCCUGAUGCGGUACCCUUUUGCCCCUGUGGGAAAACACCACUGGAAGAAAUCAUCACCCAACCGAGACAGAGCUGCGAGGACCCCAUUCCAAAUUGCAAGAAAAUAUGCAACAAGCCAUUUCCGUGCGGGCAUUUUUGCCAGGACACCUGCCAUUCGGGUUCAUGUUCACCGUGCACCCAGAAGAUGGAAAUCAGCUGCAGAUGUGGCCGGACAAAGACGAAUUCGGUCUGCCAUCAAGGCAUAAUUCACGUACCUGAAUGCAUGAAGAUUUGCCGUGCCCAGCUUAACUGUGGGAGGCAUGAGCAUGGCGAACGUUGCUGCUCAGGGGAAAAGAAAGCGAUGGAGCGAGUGGCGGCAAAGCGGAAGAAUAGAAAUUCUAGCUACGCGAACGACGAGAUAGAGGCAGAACAUAUUUGCACUCGCACAUGUGGGCGGGAUCUAAAAUGCAAAAGACAUCAAUGUCAGCAGCUUUGCCAUAAGGGACCCUGUCGUUCUUGUCCUGAAGCCAUAUUCGAGGAAAUCAGUUGUAACUGUGGUCGAACAAUCCUUCAACCGCCGCAACCCUGCGGUACUCGACCUCCGGAAUGUCGCUCCAACUGCACGAGGCCUCGACCAUGCGGUCAUUCUCAAGUAUUGCACAAUUGCCAUCUAGACGAAGAACCGUGCCCAAAGUGCCCAUUUUUAGUCGAGAAGCAGUGUGUCUGCGGUAAGAAGAUGCUUAAAAACCAGCCUUGCUGGUUCGAAACACCACACUGUGGAUUGCCUUGCGGCCGGAAGCUCAAGUGCGGUACCCACACGUGUGGAAAAACUUGUCACCCACGAGGUGAAUGUGAAGAUGCUGGAAUGGCGGGCUCUAGAUGCAAGCAGCGCUGUGGCAAGAUCAGGGCUUGUGGUCAUGCAGAUGUCGAACAGUGUCAUGCCCCAUAUCCUUGCAAAGAGGAUAAGCCUUGCCAGGCAAAGGCAAUAGUUACUUGCGAGUGUCAACGCAAGAAACAGGAGGUACGAUGUAUGUUUACCUCGGCUAACCCGUCACCGCAGCGGAAAACGCUGAAAUGUGACGAUGAAUGUCUCCGUCUACAGCGGAAUGCUCGUUUAGCUGAAGCGCUCAACAUUGACCCGCAAGCCCACACGAAUGACCAGAUACCCUACUCCAGCACGACUCUCGAACUCUACAGGGAUAAUCCUGAAUUCGCGCAACAACGUGAACGAGAGUGCCGGCUCUUCGCCGCAGACCCAACACAAAAGUUGUUGAGAUUUAAGCCAAUGAGGUCUCAUCAACGGGCGUUUCUUCAUUCGUUAGCCGAGGACUAUGGAUUUGAUAGCGAAAGUGCCGAUCCAGAACCUCACCGUCACGUCUGCUUCUUCAAAACCCCACGCUUCAUAUCAGCACCAACGAAGACCCUCUCCCAGUGCAUAAGCACCAGGGCGCAGGCACAACCAACCCAAUCUAUGCAAUCAGUACCGUCAAGCGGCGAUGGCGCUUUAGUGAAGCCUUAUAACGCGUUGCUUUUGACAACGCCACUUUUUGGAUUAACCGUUGACGAAUUGGAUUCCCAUUUCGCGCAGGAGUAUGCUGCGUAUCCUGACGUAAAAUUCCAAACCAGCUUUUUGCCUUCGGAUGAAGUGGUCAUCAAGGGGAUUGGCACGUGGCGGGUGCAAACAUUGGAAGCCAAUCUGACAUCCCUAAAGCCCGCCAUAUCGCAAAAGGUUCAAAAGUUGGGCCUGGCUGCCAGUGUUUCCCUAUGCCACGUCGACGAGUCAUUGAAUGUGCUGCGGAGAGAAACCACCCAAAGCGACGGGGGUUGGAAUGCAGUGGUUGGACGAUCGGCUGCUCGACCGAAGCCGUCUGGGACAUCGACAGGGCAGCAGUCAGCGCCACUACGUAGCAAGUUCGUUGCUCUGAGAAAAGAACCGAAGAAAGUGGUAAAACUUGUUUCGGAAGAUGUCGCGGACGAUUGGGAGGCAGCUGCGGAGGAAUUAGAUGAAGUGGAAAAGAAGCCUGAUGAGUAAUUUGGAACAAAGACAUCGAUUUGCAUUUGCGUCGAGCCUAACAGUGGCAUUUGUGAUUUAGGUGUUAAGCAUAGCUGGGAUAACUAUUAGAUUAUCAGAUGAUAUUUGUUAUAGAAGUAGGUACAUAACUAGUAGGUACUGUACAGUCUGUACCCUAGGUAUGUAAUUAUUUACAUGCCUGUAAGUUGUAACUAUCCAGGAGGUAGAUGAACCCAAGUGCCCC